AGAACACAGAAUAAUAACUGUCGCAGUGAUUUUUUUAGCGUUGUUAUAUUUGUAGUUUAGUAAACACAUUAAUGCAGAAUGUCUGAUACCGGUUUGGUAAAUGUUAUAGUUUUUUACAUGUGGUGACCUGUGAGGUUUAAUCUAUUGAUAAGCGGUAACAAACAUGGAUAUAAUUGAUAAAGUUAAAAAAGAACCUUCGGAAGAAAAUGAAAUGUUAAGGGCAUUACUUAUGGGGGAAGGGAGUAUAAAACAAGAGCCUCUUCAUCCAGAAGGAGGAAUAAAACAGGAACCAGUCCAUCCAGAAGGUAGAAUAGAAGAGAAUGAAAAGAAUGGGCAACAAGUCUUCGAUGAAGAGGAAACAAAUAUCCCUUUUUUCUGUGUAAAUAAUAAUCUUCUUGAUGUGAAAUCUGAAGAUAUUCUCAUAGAUGCCAUAAAUAAUGAAAAAAGACCAGUUCCAGCCUUUGUCGCAAACAAUGAUCCUCUGAAUAUCAAAUCAGAAGAUACUAAUUUAAUAGUUCCCGAGGAAUCUCCCAAGAAUGGCAUGGUAGGAUCAAUUAUUGAGGCCGAAGAGACCAUUAAAAAGGAAUGGGGCAGUGGUCUUGAGGGAGGAAAUUCAACAAAUGCAUCAGUCUCUGGAUCUGAAAAUGAGAAACUUUUCGCCUGUGAAAUAUGCGGUCUAGCUUUUGCAUGGCCCAGUAGAUUGAAGAGGCAUGCAGUAGUUCACAAAAGCUCCUCGGAGGUUCCCAUGUAUCAAUGUGAAAAAUGUCCAUUCCAAACUAAGCAUAAAUAUAGUAUCGAAACACACAAUUCCAAUCUUCACGGAACGUCAUCACAGUUGAAAAAGUUCUCAUGUGAAAAAUGCAAAUAUGAAACUAACAGCAUAUCAUGCAUGAAAAAACACUACAUUUGGAAACAUUCGGGGUUUGCCGAGAAGAAGACAGAGAAGAAAGAUCUCGAAUGCGAAUCUUGUGAUUAUAAGACCAAAAAAAAAUAUCUGUUGAUCGCACAUUUGAGAAUUCACCAAUCGUCGACAGAACUAGACAUGUAUAAGUGUCCUCUCUGCCCAUAUCAGUCCAAACAUAAAUGUGGCGUUUCAAACCACAUGGUGAGGCACAAAAGUGUCUCUGAAACUCGAAUGUUCAAAUGCGAACUUUGCUCCUAUAAGUCCAAAUGGAGUCAUUGUCUGAGAAACCAUAUUAAAGUUCACGAAGAGAAUUCAGAACAUGUGACAAUCCGUAAAUGCGAAAUUUGUGAAUUCACAACGAACAAUAUAUACAGCCUGGAAACUCACAUGAAAUCACAUCAAGCGAAACCUAAAAGAACUUUCACAUGUUACACUUGUGGACAUCAAACUAAAGAAAAAGGUCAUCUUGUACGUCAUAUGUUGGUUCAUAAACCUUUAGGGCAACUGGAAUUGUUUGAAUGUGCUGUGUGUGGCUUUCGAACAAAAACUAAAAAGGGUUUGAGGAAUCACAUCAUGACUGUCCAUGGACCUGGGGCUAAUAUCCAGAUCAAACCAAACUUUUAAAUCACCUCAUUUCCAAAAUGUCAUCGAAUGAAAUUAUAAAAGUGGAUCGGAUUUUCUUAUUCAACUAUACUAAGUGACAAAGAAAGGUAAACACCUAUUUAUAUUGAAAAUAUUUUAAUGAUUUUUCACUUACAUACUUGACAGAUAAUAGCAAACAAACAAGUAAGUUUCCAGAGAAAUUGGAUGAUCUUGAAACCAGUGAAGUUCAGUAGUAUGUUGCAGAUCCUCGAUGUCUUAUACACUCGUGGACACAUCUGGGCGUAGUCCACACAUGUUCGAUUGGUGAAAGAUCGAGCGAUCUGGAUGGCCAUGGUAAGCAGUUAAUGUCAUGCUGAUCCAUGAAGUCUAGAGUUACCCUAGCGGUCUAGCGUUGUCUUGUUGAAAUAUGGGGUUCUCGAUGGACUCAACGAAGAGCUGUCAUGUUGCCUCUAAUGAAGACUGAAGGUGUCACCAUACCAACAGUAUGGUGAACAUUCCUCUCCACAUCAAACUGGGGAUCUUCUAUUUCUUGCUCGUCCAUCUUGCAUACCCAAACAAAAGCGAGAUUCAUGGCUGAAGACUACACAGUUCCACUGUUGAUACCAAUUUAUUCUGUCUCUGCACCAGUGUAAUCGGUUGCGUCAAUGCUCGAGAGUCAGUAAGAAACUUCUUAUUCGCCGGUAUACUAUACGUAUUCCAACAACUCUUUCUUGUUCUUCAAACCACUGAUUCGCAAUUGCCCUAGUAGAAAUGAACCGAUCCCUAAGAGCCAAAACUCUUAAUCGGCGAUCAUAACGCGCUGUUGUUCCCCUGCGACGACCGGUGCCCCUAGUACGGAAAGGUCGAUUGGUUCUUCUUGAAAUUUCUCUAACUGAAAAACCUGCCUCACGUAAGCCAACGAAUCAUCCUCUCUCAAAAUCACUAAGUUGAGGAAUAGGACGAAGUCUUCGCAAUCGAGGCAUAGUGUUAACAAUACGAAACACUUCACAACGAACUCUUUAACAGUUAAAGCACAAAUAAGAAUAAAAAUUAGAGAAAUGGUCAAUGCUCACACAAAAAAAAACUGGUCAGAAUAGCUUCUGAUACGACUGAAAUUUUACUGGCAAAACAUUAUUGAAAUAUUUUCAAUAUAAAUGGGUGUUUACCCUUCUUUGUCACUUAGUAUAUAAUCAACAAAUAAUAUAAAAUUAAAGUCAGUAUUUAAAUAGAUAUCUGAAAUUUGCAGUCCCUUCAUUCUUAACCUGAGAGAGAAAUAUGUUUACUGUCCUUAGGAAACAGGGUCCUGUUAACAAACGUUAUUGACCUAUGUUAAAAACAAUAUUGUUGUACCCUAAAGAAAAUUGCGCCGUCCGCCACUGGUAUACAUAAACCAAUAGUGACGCGCUCAGUCCGACUGACGCUUCGUGAAUUUUCGAUGUUCGCUGCCGUUCUAGAUGUGUCGAGAAAAAUUCCACCGGCCUCCAUGGAAUUCCGAUGAAUUUUCUGCCGCCUUCGAUUGCCGAAUAUAAACGCGUUAGAUACACUCGCCUAUCGGGACAGUCAAGUUUCGCUGACAGUGCGGUGCAGUGCGAUAUAAUAAGGCAGUAGACUAUUGAAUAAUAGUUGAAGUUAUAGUUCAAGUGUUUUGUUUUAUUGAUGAUGAAAUAAAGUUAAGUGAGAUUAUUGUUCAGAGCAGUCAAUUAUUGGUAUUCCCACGGGAAUAACGUAACAAUAUGAAAGUAAUCACUAAAAUUGUAUCUAUUCAAAAUAAAGUAUAUCAUGUACAGUGUAGUAAAGCGAAUACAUGAAAAUACGAGAAAAUUA